AUGGUUGUAUGGAGACUUUUCUUUGCCAUUUUUCUCAACUGGAUCCUGCGAAGCAAUGCAGUCGACCUUCUGAGGCCAACUGCUGCAUCAGGGGUUCUUCCCUCCGGACCCACGGUGAAAUGCUGGUGUGCGGGCUUACCUAAGCAAACCUUCUGCUCCUGGGCUGAACCUCCACAUCAUCUUCCCACACAGUACAUUGCCUCCUACAGUUGCCUGCACGCCUGUGUUUGUCUCUCCAUGAACGACAGGGAGAGGCACAGAUGGUCAGUCACCAAGCAGUGCAGCAUCUUAUUGUCCAACUCUUCCUCACCGAUAGCGAACUCGACAGCUUCCCCGUCAGCCAGGCAGCUCUGGUACUGCCACCUGGAGGACCUGAAGCUUCUUACGGACUACAUAUUCAACCUGACGGCCAUCACCCCUCUGGGCAACAGCUCGCAUUUAACAAGUUUUAUGAUGGAGGACAUCGUGAAACCAGACCCUCCCGCAGAUGUGCAGGUUUCCCUUGUAGGUUUCAGGAAGCUGUCUGUGAAAUGGUCCCCUCCCCCGACUUGGUCAAAUCUGAAUAUCUUUCCCCUAAAAUACCAGAUCCGCUACCAAUGGGAGAACAGGGGCAAUUAAAGAAACGCUGCAUGGGGGCUGCUGCCAGGCCAGCUGCAGGUGUGUGCUAUGGAGCUGCUGGGCCUGGGAGAGUGCAGCCAAUGGAGCGCGCCCGUUACAGUCCCCAUGACAAUGCCCUAAAGCCUUUAAGUCACAUCUUGUUAUUUAUUGUCCUCAUCUUUUUAAAAUGCACAAACAAUGCAAGUAAUAGUUAAUGUUGGUUUUGUUUUUAUUUACAAAGACAUGCCGUUUACACACUUGUCCUCAAUAAGCAUUAGGUAACAUGCUUUCUAUGACGCCCAUGUCUAUAAUGCAUUAUACAUAUACUUGCAAAUUAUACUUAUAGCUUAUAGUUAUAAGCGCUCAUAAAUAUUCAUAAUGUGUUGAUUUUGAUGAUGAACAACUGAAUGAUGAAAAUUUACAUUUCGCUAACGCAAUGUUUCCCAAAAAAAACUCACUCUAAUGACUCAACUGACUUGUUAUUGAG